AGAUGGGAUGAGCUCCUGUUUGUCAGCCCCAGCUUCUCAUGCAGGGACAUGAGAGAAUCCUCCCACAGGAUGGUAACACACCUGGGCAUCCCUUGGGCAACAUUUUUGUAGACGGCCAAUUCUCUCACACCAGAAGCGACUUGCAGUAUAUUCUCAAUUUGCUUCUGACAAGAUUAAAAAUAUUUAUUUAUAUAUUAUUCCACCUCUCUCAUAAAGUGGUAUGAACUAAACAAAAAUUCAAAUGACAUUGUGUGCACAUUUGUGUGCAUAUGUGUGUGUGGGUGGGUGGGGGACAAGAAAGAGGGAGAGAAAGAACUCAUAGAAGAGGGAAAGAGAGAGGCAACAAGAAAGAAAGAUGAGGUAUAUGAGAAGAGAAAGAAAAAUCUGGAAAAAGUAACAUAUCAUACAUCUUCUCGAAUUAUUCUGAUUUUAUUAGACUGGAAGUAGCAAAUUACCUGUAAUAUAUUUAUUUUGAAUAAUGGGAAUUAUGUACAGGUUGUCACACUGAUUUCAAUGACCCCUAAGUUAUAUUACCUUAUAGUGUUUUUAUCUAACUCCAAAUAGUGGCUAGAUACUAGGUGCUUCUGGUGAACUUUCAAACAAGGUUUAUUGCCUGCAUUUUUAAUUUUUAUUGGGAUUUUUAAUUUCAGGUACCUGCAAUGGAAAAUUGUUCCACAGCUACUGAAUUUAUCCUUGUGGGUUUCAGGGAUCUUCCAGAGCUCCAAAUAACAUUUUUUAUCACUUUUCUGGUGCUAUACUUCACCACUGUCCUUGGCAAUGGGGCUAUGAUUGCCCUUAUAAGUGCUGACUCUCGGCUUCAUACACCUAUGUACUACUUUCUUAAGAACCUGUCCUUCCUAGAUCUCUGCUAUUCCUCUGCCAUUGCUCCUAAAGCUCUAGUGAACUUUUUUGAGAAGUCUAACAUCAUUUCCUAUGAGGGCUGUGUGGCCCAGUUGAUGCUCUUCACCAUCUUUGUUACCACAGAAGGUUUUCUUUUAGCAGUCAUGGCCUAUGACCGCUUAAUUGCCAUUUGCUAUCCACUCCUCUAUCCAACGAAGAUGUCAAAGAAAUCUUGCCACCGUCUAGUAGCCACUUCUUAUGCCUGUGGUUGUACUAAUGGUGUGAUACAGACUAGUGUCUCUUUCCGCUUGAGAUUCUGUAACCACAGCAAAAUCAACCACUUUUUCUGUGAUGUCCCUGCUGUAAUGAAGGCUGCCUCCACAAAUACAUAUAUCAAUGAAGUUGUGAUGUUCUCGCUCUGCAAUGUCAUCAUUGCAGUGACAACAGUGGUAAUAUUCACCUCCUAUGCUUACAUUAUGAACACAAUUCUCAAGAUCAGCUCUGCAGAGGGUAGGCAAAAGGCCUUUUCCACUUGUGCCUCUCACAUAACUGCUGUGACAAUCUUUUAUGGGACAGUCUUCUUCAUUUAUGCUCAGCCAGCUGCUAUAUCAUCUCCUGCUCAGAGCAAAAUUGUAUCAGUGUUCUAUACUCUUGUCAUCCCCAUGUUGAACCCCCUCAUCUACAGCCUCAGGAACAAAGAUGUCAAAGAAGCUCUGAAGAGGACUUUGGGCAAAAAAAGAUUAUUUUCCAUGAGCUGACACAGCUUGCUAAAACUAUGUAACUUGCUAUGGUAAUGUUGAGUUUCAGACUGGGAAGAUAAGGACAACAACUCUUCAUAGUUGGAAUUUUGCAAAACCUGCUUAUCACAUCUCUGCAUACAAAAUUUUGAAAAGAAAUUUGGAG